AGAGCCAUCGCUUGAGAGUCUGCUAAUGACUUUUUACUGUGGCAUAGAAGAGUCUCUUUGUGGCCCGGAAGGAGCAUCUGUUGCCACUACUGCUUUUUAAUUGAUCUUCGCUCUUUGAGCCAGGUCUUGCCCCUUGCUGCUGCCAUGAUGGCCCAGUCCAAGGCCAACGGCUCGCACUACGCACUGACGGCCAUCGGCCUGGGGAUGCUGGUCCUUGGGGUCAUCAUGGCCAUGUGGAACCUGGUCCCUGGUUUCAGCCCUGCAGAUAAACCAUCGACUCAGGUUAACAAGACAGAGGGAGGAGGUAGCAUCCUCAAGAGCAAGACUUUUUCGGUGGCCUACGUGUUGGUCGGGGCUGGCGUGAUGCUGUUGCUGCUGUCCAUCUGCCUAAGUAUCCGGGACAAGAGGAAGCUGCGGCAGAGCGAGGAGCUGGCCCGCAUUCAGCAGGAGACAGGAGCUGUACCCUCCACCCAGGAGGAAGACAGCCAGGAGGAGGAGGAGGAGGCCUCCUCACGGUACUACGUACCCAGCUACGAGGAAGUGAUGAACACGGGCUACUCAGAAACCAGGGAACAAGAGCAGAACCCGAGGCUAAGCAUUUCUCUCCCCUCCUAUGAGUCGCUAACGGGGCUUGACGAAACGACCCCCACAAGCACCAGGGCAGAGGCGGAGACCAGUCCAGGACAUGCUCCCGACAGGCAAAACUCCAAGCUGGCCAAACGCCUGAAGCCGCUCAAAGUUCGAAGGAUUAAAUCCGAGAAGCUUCACCUCAAAGACUUCAGGAUCAAUCUCCCGGACAAGAACGUUCCUCCUCCCUCUAUCGAGCCUUUAACUCCUCCGCCUCAGUAUGAUGAGGUCCAGGCGAAGGCACCCGAUGCCCGGCCACCCGACUGAAAGACCCUUCUGCCUUCACUCCCUCCUGUCUCACCCUCCACACCAACAGACUGCUCCGAAGCCACUUCAGCCCCAGACGAGGGGUCAAGGCACACUUAGCCACUGUGAUGGGGAUUCUGGGUAGAGGGAGUCACUAAGGACGAUUCACGGAGCUUCACAGCGCAGGCGCAUCAGGUGGAUGCUGGGAGCUUGUGAUGCUCCGGAGCACAGCAAGGCAGUGUGGCCUUGGCAUCCCCUCCAUCUUCCUUCCCACCUCGGGAUGAUUGGCCACACACUCCUCUCCCGAGCUGGCAUAGGAUCCCUGGUGACUGUGUUUAGACGGAGGUUGUCUGCUUUCGCUUCCACUACAGUUGCUGUGUUUCGAGAAGAAACCAAGUUUUGUGCUUGCUUUCUUCACUGCAGCCUUGAGCCAGUGGAAAACAUGGCUCAGCUUUGGCCAAAAGGGCACGAGACUGUCUUGUGAAUAAAACGAUGCCCGUGUGGGGGUGAGCUGUCGGGGGAGGUCCCCAGGGGCCACUGGUGCUGUUGGUUCUUUGAGGGUCUAAGGCCUGAUGACCUUCAGCGGGUGACACAUGAGGUGACUGUCUGAUUCUGUACACUGGUCUCCUGUGGGUAACAAAAGGCAAGAGGGGAAAGGAAAAAAAAAAAAGCCGCCAUUCCGUGUCUUCUCAAACGCCACGUGACUGGGUAUUUUA